AUGGGCGGGUUGUGCUCCCAGCCCGAGACGGCGGAGGCGGUUGAGGUCCAGGACGUCCAGGAAACGAGUGCCCGCGAGCCAGCCGCCGCGACGGCACAUGAAAUCACCGUCACCCUCACGAAGACGGGUGACGCGAAACUUGGUCUCGACAUCUCCCAUUUUCACUAUGGAGAAGAGAAGAAUAAGGCUCUGAAAGUCAAGCAAGUCAAGGAUGGCAUCGUCAAGGACUGGAACGACAAGAACCCUGGCAGCACGAUCGAGACGAACGACCUCAUCACAUCCAUCAACGGCGUGAGCAGCAACUCCGAGGACAUGCUCAAGGAGGUCAAGGCGAACGAGCUCGUCAUCGUGGUGAAGAAGGGUGGCGCCCUCGUGGUGAAGUGA